AUGCUUUCUAUCAAGACUGCAUUCCUCCUAGGAAAUCUCUUCUAUCUUCCUUCGAGCGCAUACGAUCUCGUUCGAAGACAGCAGGCCGCCAAUGCCACCUACAAGGACCCAUCGGCCUCGGUCGACGACAGGGUGGCUGAUUUACUCUCGCGCAUGACCAUCGAGGAGAAAACUGCUCAACUAAUCCAAGGCGACAUCUCGAAUUGGAUGAACACCACGACCAAAGCGUUCAACGACACCGGACUGGAAUGGAACUUCAGAGCUCGCGCCGGGCAGUUCUACGUCGGAUAUGCAAUGCCGCCCGAAUGGAUUAGCGAGGGUACAAAGCGCGCGCAGGACUACCUUGUGCACAAUACGACCCUGGGUAUUCCUGCAUUGGUCCAGACAGAAGGCAUUCAUGGCGUUCUGUAUGGCAAUGCAACGAUCUUCAACAGCCCCAUCGCGCAUGCAUGUUCAUGGGAUCCGGAGCUCAUCCACGACAUGGCUGUCGCAAUCGGAAAGGAAAGUCAGGCCCAUGGAAUCAAUCAGAUCUUUGCACCAGUGGCUGAUCUCGCGCGCGAGUUAAGAUUCGGUAGAGUGGAAGAGACGUAUGGCGAGGAUGGCUUCCUCGCGGGUGAGAUGUCGUACGAAUACGUCAAGGGCAUCCAGAGUUUGAAUGUCAGUGCGACAGUGAAGCAUUUCGCCGGGUUCAGUGCGCCGGAGCAGGGACUCAACACGGGACCUGUGCAUGGAGGAGAGCGAGAGCUGCGCACGACUUGGCUGCCCUCGUUUAAGCCUGAUGGGCACCUUCAAGAGACGAUUUUGCGUGAUGAGUGGGGCUACAAGUACUUCGUCACUUCUGAUGCGGGAGCGACUGACCGCCUGUGUUGCGCCUUCAAGCUCUGCCAGUGCAAGACGGCUACCAAGCCGAUUGACAAAGAGGCAGUAACCUUGAUGACUCUCCCCAAUGGCAAUGACGUAGAGAUGGGCGGUGGCUCGUACAACUUCGAGACCAUUCCAAAACUCGUCAAAGACGGCAAGCUGGAUAUUGAAGUGGUCGACCGCGCAGUGUCACGACAACUCCGAGCCAAAUUUGCAAUGGGCUUAUUCGAGAAUCCAUACCAAGGCCUGCCGCCGAACGCAACAAAGUCUGUUGUUCAUACAGAAGAACAUGUCAAGCUCGCCCGCACGAUCGAAGCUGAUUCAAUCGUCCUGCUCGAGAACAAGAAGAAGAUACUGCCAUUGUCCAAAUCCUCCAAGAUUGCUGUCAUCGGACCCAUGGCGAACAUCACCAAUCUCGGUGACUACGUCGUCUACCGUUCGCAAUACAACCCAACCAAUGUGACACCCCUCCAAGGUAUUCAGCAGGCCACAAAUGGCACUGUUACGUAUGCACAAGGCUGUGAGCGGUGGUCGAACGAUCAGUCCGGCUUCCCUGCUGCAGUAUCCGCUGCAGAAGCCGCCGAUGUGGCUGUCGUCGUGGUCGGCACUUGGUCCCGCGACCAGAAUGAGCUAUGGCAAGGUUUGAAUGCUACCACCGGCGAACACGUCGACGUCGCUUCAUUGAACCUCGUCGGCGCAAUGGGCCCGCUCGUGCAAGCCAUCAUCGAGACUGGCAAGCCGACCAUCGUAGUCUACUCAUCUGGCAAGCCCAUCACCGAGCCCUGGAUUUCUGAAAAUGCAGCGGCUCUACUGCAGCAAUUCUACCCUGGCGAACAAGGCGGUAAUGGGUUGGCUGACGUUCUGUUCGGCGAUGUCAGCCCCUCUGGCAAGCUCGCAGUUUCAUUUCCACACGAUGUAGGCACGCUUCCUGUCUACUACGAUUACUUGAACUCUGGACGAUCGACCGAUGCUGGUGCGGUAAUGACCAACGGCACGUUGAAGUUUGGUCAUCAAUAUGUCCUCAAUACGCCUCAGCCGUUGUACGAGUUCGGCUAUGGGCUCUCUUACGCGAAUUUCACUUAUUCCAACGUCACGCUUUCGAAGACUGAAGUCAGCCCCGACGACACAAUCACUGCGACUGUCAGUGUUACGAACACAUCGCCCGUCGAUGGAAAAGAAGUGGUGCAGGUAUAUAUCCAGGACGUACUGGCAAGCAUCGUGGUGCCAAACAUGGAGCUGAAAGGCUUCAAGAAAGUGUCGGUUAAGGCUGGAGAGACAGUUGAGGCGAAAAUAGAGCUCAAUGUGGGCAAUUGGGGGCUGUGGGAUAGGAAGAUGCAAUAUGUGGUUGAGAAGGGCGAGUUUGUUGUGCAUGUCGGUGCCAGUUCGAAAAAUCUGAGGGGCAACGCGACUGUAACAGUGCCCCGCGCCAAUAUUCUCGGUGUCGUCCUGAAGGCCCAUUCACCCAGAAUUGGAGCUUCGGCGCUUGGGCUCCGCAUACUCGCACCUAGCCAAUCCUCCACCUCCACCUCUACACCACAACUCUUAUUCCCCUUGUCUCUUCGUAUCAGCGUGCUGAGCAUCAUGGAUAGCUCAUCUCUAUCAGAGGGAGAGCGCAUCGCGUAUGAGGAAGAUGAUGGUCGUUUCGACGUGACCAUUGAGGACGAUGAUCUCCAGGAAAUCGUGCACAGCAAGAAGCUCCACCUGGCUGUCAACCCCAAGUACGGACAAGACUCAAAGUCAACACUGACAUGCAACAGGAGAGAUGGUAUCAUGAAGAAGAACUCCAUGUCGCACGCCACGUUCCGCGCCAAUCUUGAAGUUAAAAAAGAGCCUGGCCUCAUCGAGAUUUGCAGCUACCGAUCUCAGGGACAUGCCAAUGAUAAAAAGCUCCUCGGCUUCAUCCGCUUCAAGUACGACAAGGCUACGCUUGCUGGUGUUCUCACCAUCAGCAACUUCGAUGCGCGCCUUCAACUUUGGCACUUCAUGUUCGGCGGCACCACCAAAGACAAGGACACGACACAGACAGGUCAGCAUGGAGAAGGCAUGAAGAUGGCGAUUCUCAUCUUCCGGAAGCAUCCCAAUAAUCACACUAUGCGCAUCGAAGCUUCCGGGUUCUCUUGGGCCUUCAACUUCGAUGGCCAGAGACAGCUAGUCUGCAACUUGACGCGGAUCGGUAAGGAGCGAAUCAGGAAAGAGAAGCUAGCAGUGCAUGGUCAGCCGCGGACCACGGACGCACGCUGCUGGUCGGAUGUCUCCAUUGUGAUUGGUGAGCCGAGAUUGCAAGUUGAUGGGACAGGCAUGCAGGUAAGGAGUAAUAAGAAGAUUCUUCUCUCUGAUUUUGAGCAGUGGCUGGAAAUCUGUCUCGACUUCAAGAAUCCCAAGACGGUGCCGACGAAGACUGGCGAGCUCAUUCUCGACGGGGAUUGUGCGAAUAAGCUCUAUCUUCAAGGAAUUCACUUGUCUAGUAGCUCGAAUGCACCCAAGAGCUACCGCUUCGGCUACAACUUUUUUCAAGGGUACACGGACCGCGAGCGUCGUGUUAUCGGACACGACGGCAAGAAAUGGAGCGAACCAAGCCUUGUCAAUGCAAUCUGGGCGGAGGUACUAGAUACCAAAAAAGAAGAGUACAUCGACAUAUAUACUAAUAUGAUGCUCGAGAGUACGGACAAGGUCGCUGAUGUUACGUUGGCCGUCAAUGGGUACUGGCUCCCGCGCGAGGUGAUUUGCAAGGUGUGGAAACAGAUGCGAAGCAUGAACGUCGGUGAGGAUGGCCGGCCAGCAUUCUAUCAUGCACCAGACUUGAGGAGCAAUCACAAGACUGACAUGUACAAGGACAUCAACGUCGUCACCAACAAUCUUGACAUGCAUCCUCAUCGCAUUCCUGAGGAUGUGUGGAAGAUGCUUCGCUCUUACAAACUCUGCCGGACACCACAAGAAGAGCUAGAAGAUCGGUUCAAAAAUUCCGAGCCAGUGUCUUUGCCGGAUACACCAUUUGCGCAGAACUUGCACUGGAUGUUGCGGUGUUGUCUCGUUUCACGCUCAGAUACGGAGGCCAUGACAAUCGAGUAUGUCCGUGGCCAAGGACUUGGAAUCGAUGCGGCUGUAUUCGGCACCCAGAUCAAAGUAAGCGAUCGCUUCUUGACUUACACGGACGCGCACAGCAUGGAGACAUGCGGUGAUCCAGAGCCAAACGAUACGGUCCCCUUCUCAUGUGAUCAUCUUGUCCUAGAGCUGUGGAGCAACCUCUUGGCUCUGCUUCCGUCUACGACUGCUUCGCUCUUCGAUACCAAAGCAGAGCAUCGCACCAAGAGCCUGAUGGCCAAACGCCUUUCUCAGAUGCCAAGAAUGAUCACAUGCGCUCAGACUGUCCGCAGAGGCGAGCUCAGAGUGACUUGGGAGUCCAACGAGUCGGCUCGAAACAGUGACCGCCCAGUGGUAGUUGUUGUUCACAAGGUAGGGUAUUUUGGAUGUCACUGUCCCUUCCAGCUGUCUAAGAUCGGAAGUCGUACCAUAGUGUUCAAAGAUCUCGUGGUGGAGGAGUACUAUGCUACAGUUUCAUGCACAAUCCAGAACUCCUUCUCCAUUGGUGUGCAGCUGAGCUCUACUCCGUUCAGAUCUGGUCGGUCGCAGGAGAUGUUCGAUUCGUCAAGCCAGGCUUCACCCACUCUCAGCGUCACGGCAUCUUCCCGCCCGGAAAGCUAUACGAUCGGAACCAGAGUAGACCAUCGAGAGCUCAAGUGGGACUCUGGCUUUCCGGGAAGUCACGAGUUCUACUAUGCUCAGGGUAGAAUAGACAACGUAUAUAUUGCCCGUCCCCGCGAUACCGGUAUUAACGAGAAUGGAAAGCGACCACAACAAGGACUCGCGGAGGAUACGUCGGCGAAGAAAGCAAGGCAUAUCUUCGGCAAGACAGGCUGGAGUGCUUCUCUCCCAGGUACCGCUGCAUCAGGUCUUUUGGCUGGAAGAGAAAGGCCCGGAGCUUGA